CUUGUGACGUUAUCUUCGUGCGCCCGAGCUGCUGGUGUGGUCUGCCGCGGCGGCUGAGCUCCGAGGGAAGCCUGUGGUCAUGGCGGAACCGAAGGCGCCGGAGCCGCUGGAGAUCGAGAGCAGGAUUAUUGAGCUGUGCCAUCAGUUUCCCCAUGGCAUCACAGACCAGGUGAUUCAGAAUGACAUGCCGCACAUGGAGGCUCAGCAGCGGGCCAUGGCCAUUAACCGGCUGCUCUCUAUGGGACAGCUGGAUCUUCUGAGGAGCAGCACUGGUCUUCUCUAUAGGAUCAAGGAAUCUCAAAAUGCAGGUAAAAUGAAGGGCUCUGACAACCAAGAGAAAUUGGUCUAUCAAAUUAUAGAGGAUGCAGGAAACAAAGGUAUUAGAAUUAGAAGCCUCUCUCUUCUUCCUGUUCCAGGUGGCCCACUCACCUGUGCACUCAACUUCGAUGAAUCAAUUUUUGUUUUUGAUGACUGCCAUGAAGGUGGCGAGAUAUCCCCAUCAAACUGUAUUUAUAUGACAGAGUGGCUGGAAUUUUAGCCAUGAAAUGUGGACCGUGUCGCCUGCCAGCAUCUGAUGACAUCAGUGAACCCAAUUUUUUU